CAAACUGGGUUUCUCAAGAGUAAAAUUAGAUGAGAAACCGCAAAGGUCGAAGCACCUUCGACUAAAAACCCAUCAACUGUUCUUGCAAGUUUCAGUGUAUGUUCCUACACCGACACUACAAACUGUGUCUCAUUUUUCUAAGUUGGUGCUUCUUCUGCAAAGAUUUCAUGCCAAAAAAAAACAGUACAGUUCCUUCAAGUACGAGGAAUGGGUGACAUGGUGAAGAGAUUGGGCACAACUCCGAACAAAAUUGGAUAAGAAAACGGUGUUUAUAAAUGUGGAAAAGAUGAGAGAAAGAGAGAGAGAGAAGUGUGUGGGUGUGUUUGUGUUCGGAGCUUGAGGCAGACGGAGACUCCAAGACGUGCAGGAUCCUGCUGAAUCGACGCCGACAAAGCACAAACGCAUGCACGCGUCCGUGAAUUUUCGAGCGGAGGAAGGGAAGGAGAUGCAAUUCGUAAGUCUGCAGGGCCACUUCGAUGCACCCCGUGCGAAGGAGCCGAAGAAAGUUCUUACGAGAGUGGGGAACCAGGUGAAGUGGGUGUGGGGAUUGGAAAGGAGGUUUUGCUAUGGACAACGGCGUGAAGAAGAACAGAUGGGUUCUUCCAUGGCUGGAGAUGGGGAGGAGGCUGUGGGAAUACUUGCUGGACUGGCCCUUCAUGUGCCAUAUAGGGCUCGUUCUGUUGGUCGCUUGGAUCGUCUCUUUCGUGGGCCUCAAUGUCGCCCUCGUUUGCGCUUUGGGGUUCCUUUACCUCUACCAGAUUGAGCACCGACAACGGAGGAGGUUAAAUUGGAGGAUACGCUACGAAGAGAGGGAGAAAGCAAAUAAAACGAGGAUUGCGGAAGGGGAGACUGUGCAUUGGAUGAACCAAAUAUUGGAAAAAACGUGGCCCAUAUUUCUGAAAGACAUUACUUCAAUUCUUUUGGUUCCCCUCACCUCGAUGCUAGACCAAUUCAAGCCUUGGAUUGCGAAAAAAGUGAUUGUGCAAAACUUGACUCUGGGAAAUACCCCACCACGCAUAACAAUGAUCCGCAUACUGGACACGCCCGUUGAUGGUGAUGACCUGCACUUCGCAGAAGAGCACAUGCAGUACCGAAGUGUAAUGGCUGCGUAUUGGAUAAGAUUUCUGAUUUGGAAGUGUCAGGCUAUCGAAGCUUCCAUGGAGUGGAUGGCAGCAAAAGAUAUGUCUGCUGUCGUGGAUGUGAAACCUUUACGUCGCUUGGGAUGGGGAAUGUCGGCUACUUUUCACCUCUGCAAUCUACGUUUUGAAGGCAAGGCGAAGGUAGGGGUGAAACUUAAGGCUGGAUGGCCUAUGAUAGAGCGAAUACGAAUCUGCUUCGGUACAGCACCUCUUAUCGAUAUGGCUGCUCGUCCUAUAAGUAAUUCUAGUUUCGAUGUGACCGAGCUUCCGGGAAUAUCACAAUUUACGGAUCGUCUAUUGGCAGAUGUUUUGACACGGUCCCUGGUAGAGCCAAGCAUGGUUGAAAUUGAUAUGGAGAAGCUCAUGAGAGACGUCAUGAGACCGAAAGGACCUGCCGGAGAUGAUUGGUGUACCAUACGUGAUAACUCUCCAAAGACGAAUGUCGUUCUAGAAGUACUUGAAGCUAAGGAUCUUCGAGUAGGAGAUAUCAAUGGUUACUCUGACCCUUAUGUAAAAGUCGGGUUUGGAAAUCAGCGGGGGAAAACAAAGGUGAAGUGGAAAACAUUGAAUCCUACAUGGAACGAGACCUUGAAUUUCAUGAUUCCAAGUGGGCAGCCACCGAAUACAAUUCUUCUGAUAGUGCGUGAUAAGGAUCCCAUAUUUGAUGAUAAGCUGGGACAUUGUGAAGUAGAGAUCAGUCAAUACCGCGAUGGAAAACGACAUGAUUUUUGGCUACCACUCGAAAAAGUGAAGACUGGUAGAAUUCAUCUGGCAAUCACUGUAACCGACAAUCUCACUGCCUCACAAGGUUCCAAAGAGGCAUCCAACAACAACUCCAUAACCGUUGCGGUACACAUUCCCAGCGUUCAGCAUUGUCCAUCUUUGAGAUUUAUAGAUUUCUUUGCCUCGAUUUUUUUUAACUCAAGGCUUUUAUUUAGUGCUGAACCGCAAUUGACCCAAGAAUUCCAUAAGUCUGUCUCUUGCGAUAUGCCAUUGUCACCUGGAAAAGGUCCUACUCAACCACCCGUAGCGUCGCCAAAUGCAAAACCUGAGGGUCUGAGCUCUGGAAUUUCCAGAAACCUCACAUCAUCUCGGAAAAUUGAGACGCCUCCACGUUUAUCUGAUAUCGAAAAAUCCUCAACUUCUGGUGAAGAACAUUCACCGAUGACGUCCCCCCAACUCAAAUCACCACCUUCCUCGACGCCGAUGGAAGCAGAAGCAGCAGGAAAUUCUCGUGGUGAAACAACAAAAUUCAUAGAUGUGGGAUUUGGGGAAAUCGGCGCCGUAAAAGUUUGUCAAUUUAAAAAUGUAGGGCCCUGCCAGAGGCCGGCUAUUGCAGGGACUGAACACUGUGAAGAUAUAUCUUAUUCCUCAGAGGAAGAGUAACAGAGGCGUCGAAGAGAAAAACAUGCGCCACAUGGAAAAUCCCACAGGUUUUAAAUCCUAAAACUGAUUUCAUAAGAAACCUGUCUAUCGAGCUGCUCAGAUCAGGGCAUCACACAUCAUUAGAGUUGAAUUUGUGUGGUGUGCGCCUUCCUCGAACUAUUUUUGAGCAAUCUAUUGCUUCUCACACAUUCAUUCUUCAUUCGGGUAAUUUCUAAGAUUUUUUAUUUCUUCUUUUAUUUUUCAUUUCCCGACGUAUGAAUAGGGGAAGAAAAGGAUAUUACAAGGAUGUGAAAACCCCUUAAGGAAGUGACAACGGAGAGGCGCAGCAAACGUGCGGCAAUCGAUGCAAGUGGUGCUUGUGCUCUGGAUCAUGACUCACACACACCAUAUAAGCGAAAUAAAGCGGAGGGUGUGUUACGAACAUCAAACUACCCAAGAACAGAAUGCAAGAGAGACUGGCUUCCAGCUGAGAGGGGUACGGCUGCUCUGGCGAACUGACGCCAUUGGGAGGAAAAAGUCACCUCGAACUUGUCAUGUACACUUUGUCACCUUGUCACCAGAUCAAGGCUCCCACACUCACCAACUCCUUCCUCACCCCAUUCAAGGCCGCCUUCAUCAUACCAACAACCCAUUGCCAGUCCAAUGUCCAGUGAAAGCCGACACUUUGUAGAUCAACCAGCAUUCAGACCCUGUGCAGAAGCUUCCAGCCCAGUUUCCAGCAGCUUGAAAGAAUUUUUCAUUGUAAGUUAAAAGAUUCUUCGUUAGAAGCUGAUCAAUCUCCUGCACGUCAAGUUGGUACAUGGGCUGCUUUCCUGACUGAUACACUGCGUCAGACACUUUACUAGUGACGGAAUGUUGGAACUAGGCCAUUGAGAGUUCAGUCAAUGAUCAGAGGUUUUGAACGCAUGAGAUGGGCGAGAAAAUGAUGUAGAUAUUUCCGUGUUGGAAUUUAUUACGAUGUGUUCUCGACAGACUAUAGUUCAUGAAAUGCAAAUUUAAAUUCAAAUUCAAA